AUGAGCUCGCACGAUUCUAGAUACUUCUCCAGUCAUAAGAAAGGCGAAAUAGCAGAGUGGCGCCAAGACUUGAAAAGAAAUGACAGAGAUCUUUUAAAGACGACGGUAAAGAGAAUUAUUGCUGCUAUGACGGUCGGGAAGGACGUAUGUUCACUGUUUCCAGACGUCAUCAAUUGCAUGCAGACUGAAGACAUAGAGUUGAAAAAGCUCAUUUACUUAUACUCGAUCAAUUACGCACGGUCUAACCCUGAUCUUGCUAUACUCGCGGUGAAUACAUUCGUAAAGGACAGUCAAGAUCCCAACCCGCUCAUACGGGCUCUUGCUGUGCGGACGAUGGGCUGUAUACGGGUUGACAGGAUCGUAGAAUAUUUAUGCGAUCCAUUGCAUCUAGCAUUACGGGACUCUGAUCCAUACGUCCGAAAAACUGCGGCCAUAUGCGUAGCGAAGUUAUAUAGCAUAAAUAGAGAGCUCGUUAUCGACAGAGGAUUUCUACAGCAGUUAAACGGCUUGCUGCUUGAUGACAACCCCAUGGUAAUGGCAAACUCCAUUGCGGCACUUGUCGAAAUUCAGAAAGGGAGCUGUGCGCAAAUAAUCGACUCAAGUCUGCUUUCUAGAGUUUUUACUUCACUCGAAGCGUGCACUGAGUGGGGGAAAGUGACUAUCCUUGACUGUUUGGCGGCGUAUGAGAGUACAAGUGCUACGGAGGCCGAACACAUACUUGAAAGUAUCUUGCCAAAGCUUCAGCAUGCCAACUAUGCCGUAGUACUCGCAUGCAUACGAGUGAUUCUCAGUAAGUUGCAUCAAGUUCAGCACUUGCGAGAGUCUUUACUACAACGAAUUGUUCCUCCACUCAUCACAAUGUUGAACGCUGAACCUGAAAUUCAGUAUGUCGCGUUGACGAGUAUAAGUGAAAUCAUGGAUGCCUUUGUAUUUCCGUUUUUGCACAGUUACAAGGCAUUUUUCUGCAAAUACAAUGACCCGUCGUAUGUGAAACAUGAAAAGCUGAAUAUUCUCGUCAAAAUUACGAAUGAGAACAACGUUGGCGAUAUUUUACUCGAGCUCAAAGAAUAUUCUGGUGAAGUGGACAUCGAGUUCGCACGAAAAGCCAUUCGCUCGAUCGGUAUAUGUGCUCUAUCUGUGCCUGAAUAUUCACAGGGGUGCGUUAGUGCACUUAUGUGCAUUAUUGACACGAAAGUUAACUAUGCCGUUCAAGAGGCGCUAGUUGUUUUAAAGGACAUAUUCCGGUGUUACCCAGAUCGGUAUGAGAGUGUGAUAUCGCGUUUAUGUCAAUCACUCGUGAGUUUGGAUGAACCAGAAGCAAAGAAGUCUUUCAUUUGGAUUCUUGGCGAGUACGCUGAUCGCAUCGAAAAUGUUAUCGAUUUAUUGCGAACGUUUAUUGAUGGUGUCGAUGAUGAACCUGUCGUUGUACAGCUCCAAUUACUUACAUCGACAGUUAAGCUAUUUCUUAAACGUCCGAGCGAAGAGUCAAAAUCCCUCGUUCAGCAGAUGUUGAUGUUUGCUACCCAUGAAAGUGAGCACCCUGAUCUUCGGGAUCGGGCAUAUGUAUACUGGCGGCUUUUAAGCCAUGGAGGCGAUAAAGUGGCGAGUGUUGUCACCUCACACAUGCCCGCCCCACAAUGCAACCCUUCCUCGUAG